CUCCCACUGUCCGGCCGUGCUUCCACGGAGGAAGGCUUGCUUGCAGGAAGGGGGUCCUCACCUCGAGCCGCACCCAGAGACCAUCCAUCCCACCUCUGCUUUACAGACAGAGGACUCCGGCUGAGCCCACCCGAAGCUGCACCCUGAUGCCCACCUGGCCAGAGCAGGGCCUGGCCGCCUUCCUUGCCAACCUCCUGCUGCCCGCGGUCUGUCUGUACUCGGCCAUUCGGACCUUCCAGAUCAACCGGGGAGCUGCCGCCGGGUUUUUCCUCCAGGCCCUCGGGCCCCUCCUGGAAACCCUCCCCUGGCAAGGGGCCCGGCCCCCAGACCACAGCUGGCCCUGCACGGUGGUGGGGCUGCCGCUGCUGGCCUUUGGCUUCCACUGGCUGAAUGGGGACUGCUUCACGGCCAACGUCCUCCUGGGAGGCGCCCUGAUGCUGGCUGGCGGCUGGGGCUACUUCACCGAAGACGGCAAGGCCGUGGUGGUCCAUUCGGUCAUCUCUGUGGUCACCAUCACCAUCUUCAUCGUCUCCGUCUUCACCGGAAGCACCGACGGGGUGGUGGGCAGCCUCCUGCUGGCGGCGGCCAGCCUGCUGCCGGGAAGUGGGCUGUGGCCCCUGCUGGCCCCGAAGGAGACCGAUGCCUUCCUCCGCGGUCUCACGGCAGCCGCCAACCUGGCCCUGUGCCGGGCUCUCCAACUGCAGUAUCUGGAACUGGGCAACAGCUAUAGGGAGUGGCUGCCUAUAGUAGCUUCUUGAUGGGGGGAAGCCUGGGUCCUGGGGGGUGGGCACCAAUCUAAGCGGCCCCAAGAGUCCAGUUGGAUCAAUAGGAAGUGCAGGGCAGAACUCCAAAGGCUCUAGUGCCCAUUUCCAGAAUUGCAAGGGAUUAACAGAUCAACAGAGUUGGAAGGGACCUUGGAGGUCAUCUAGUCCAACCCCCUGCUCUGGCAAAAAAACCCUAUAUACCAUUUCUGACAGAUGGCAGUCCAGAUUCUUCUUGA